AAAAGUUCCCAAACUUGAGUAAUAAGAUAGAUCAACAGAAGUUUGCUCUGAUCGGCCGGCCGGAAAAUGAUGACAAUUUAUCAAAAUCAACAGAAAGAACCAAAGGGAGAGGUGCGGAUGGCUCCGGCGAGAUCGAAGCUUCACAAUAUGAUGCUUCCGCCGAGUUUGACUUGGGGUAAUUCGAGGCCUAUUUGGUCGUUGAACCAGAGGGGGAAACCUAUCGCUAAAAUACAAUCCAUCGUCGUUGAUCGGGGGAGAGAAUCAGAAUCGGCAUCGACAUCGACGACGAAAUAUUUUGAGAAGGCGCCGUCGCUGUCGCCGGCGGCGGUUGGAUCAGGUGAUUCCGGUUUGAGAUCCAGCGGCGGAAUUGAUGGAGACGGAGGUAUCGGUGCGGAGAGGGAGAAAAUAAUAUCGGAUUUGAAGUGUGCUACGAAUGAGAUGCAUUUAGCGUUUAUGAAGGAAUGUUCGAAGCCGGCGGCGGCGGCGGUGGUGGUGCAGUUAGAUGCGAGUUCAUCAUCGCGGCUGCCGUGGAAUUUGCGGUCGAAGAAAGUAGAUGUAUGUAAUAAUAAGUCUCAAGAUGAUGAUGAAAAAAAGGAAAGAAAAGAUGAGAAGAAACAGAAAGGAAAGAAGAGAUUCUCAAUUAGCUUAUCACAUAGUGAGAUUGAAGAAGAUUUCAUGGCGAUCGUCGGUCGUCGGCCUCCAAAAAGACCCAAGAAACGAAGCAAGAUUGUGCAGAACGAAUUGGAUGAUCUUUUUCCGGGACUAGGGUUAGCACAAGUAACAGCCGGAAAAUACAAAGUUUCCGGUCCUCGUAACUUCUGAUAACUGAUUCAUUCAUUCAAGCCCUAAGAUAUGACCAUCAAUUUUUUUUAAUUUUUUUUUUUCAGAGUG